CAUCAAAGGCCUAGUAAGAGGCACUCACAUUCCUAACAAAUGACCUCACCCUCUACUCUCCGGUAUGGCGGCUCUAGUGGCAGCAGCCCUCGACCUCGCAAAGUCCGCCGUGGAUUAUCAGCCGCAUCACCGAGAAAGACCGCGACUAGGUCGGUCUGGGUAGAAGAGCAGGAUGUGGAAGACGAUGAGAUGGAAGGUAGCUUCAUAGGCUCGCAGGCAAAGAUUAGUAGACAAGUAGCUAGCCCAUCGAGAAAGGCUGUCCGAGCGCUUCCACCGAAGACCAAUACAGCACCUCGCCAGAGACGUCCUGCACUAGCCGAUACCCUUUCCUUCCUACUUGUACCUCUCGACCUCUUGAAUCGGAUUCUAUCGACCCUCUUGUCGCCCAUCUUGGCGCAUGUCGUUAACUCGGUCGUCCUCUUCGGGCUUGGCUUCCUGGCUCUCUACUUUCUUCUACCUUUUCUCAUCUCCCGGUUAAAGUCGGGCUUCUUUGGGUCACUUCAUGUGCUCUGGAACUUGGCACGAGGGAACGGGACCGGCUUGAGCUGGUCUUCCUUGAGAUCGCCGUCCUUGGACCUGCUUCGGGGUGGAUUGCCGAGCGUCUGCGGGAGCAUCUAUCUACCCUUUAUCUGCUCGAAGAGGAAGAGUGAGAACGGGUACGAUGUGGGCAAGGUGGCUCGAGCUCUACAUAAAGAAGCCCAAAACGCUCAAAAUAUCUUCGAAUCGGUCAUCAGUCUCGGUACAGGAGGCGUCGAGAAUGGGCUCUAUCACACCAAGAUGUGGGAAUUGGCGUCGGCGAUCAAGAUCGGAUCUCACUUGCCUGACAAGGAUAAAGUGGGAAGCGAGUUGAUGGCGCUGGGUGACAUGAGUCGAGACCUAUCCGACGAGAUUUCCUCCCUGUAUGCCCAAACGAACAACGCCUUUUCCUGGAUCGCCAACGACUUUGACCGACUCAAUCGCCUCCUGCUCACCUCGGAUCCUAAACCUACGCCGAAGCAACUCGAAGCGAUGAUUCACAAGGUCAUGCUGAGGACGCAAGAAAAGUUUGACACGCUCUACCUGGCUACGGAGAAGGCCUUGCCCGCGGCUGACCGGGCGAGCACGAUCGGUGGAGGAUUGAUGCACGAGAUGAUGGGGGAAGCUCAUCGACUAGGCUGGGAAGUCAGGGAGGCGCCCCGCUGGAAGGACUGGGUGGACGUGGCGAAAGAGGCCGCGGUCGGGAUCAAGGAACCGUCGAAACGUGAGAUGCUCAAGACCGACCUAGCCCUCAGUCAGAUGACGGUCGACAAUCUCAAAGACAUUCGGAGCGGGUUGGAGAAUACGCUGAGGUUGUUGCGAUUGCAUCGAACGCACGUCGGCUCGUUUUCCUCUUCCAUGAUGGGGUUCCACCUCGGCUCGGGAGGCUUUGGAGGGGACGAUGGCGAGGACGACGAAUUUGGGUUGGGGGCCGAAGCGGAGCUCGAGGUGCUCAGCAAGGUCAUCGAUCAGAUGAAGAUGGCCGUGCAGCAGGGACGUCAACCGAAUCGAGAUCGAGAGCAGCAGCAUCAGCACAUAUCGGAUUCGAGCUCCGAUGCAUGAUAGUGGUUCGUCAAAGAUAGCUCAAAACAUGGUUGUAUAUAUCUUGAA